AUGCUCUCUCGCCCACAACCCGGACUUCAUGCUCCUGGCCAUGUGGUUUCACGGAGCCGCAGUGGCCAGAUUCGGCAGCCAUCUUGUCGGGAAGCGGGCGGCGUCGGCGUAGGAAGAAGGCGUGGUCUGACCCUGCUUCCAGCCUUCGCCCUCCUGAGACGUCAGGGCGUGACCUCCCGAGCUGCGAGCAAGCACAGCAAGCAGGAUACCUGGAAGCGCCGGAAGAACUCCGAGCUUUACCGGGAGCUGGAAGCCGACUCUGCCCAGGCAGCCCCAGUGCGGCUGCUCCAGAAGCCCGAGGUUCUGGCGCCCGCUGGCGGAUGGCCUCAGCUGCGCGCCGCAGUCCGCGCAGGAGCCGAUGCCGUGUACUUUGGCCUGGAUGUUGGCCUCAAUGCACGGGCGCGAGCUGCCAACUUCACCACCGAUGAACUUCCAGAAGUGAUGGAUUUCCUGCACUCUCAUGGCGUCAAGGCCUACGUCACGUUGAAUGUACUGGUCUUCGACCACGAGCUCUUUGACCCUCUAGAUUCAGGGCGCCCUGGCAGUGGAACAGCUGUCCAAGCGCUCCAGGUGGUGGGAGAUACAAAUGUUGAUGCCCUCAUCGUGCAAGAUGUCGGCCUUGCCUUAGCCUGCCGGGAACUUUGCCCUCACGUGCCAGUGCACGCCUCCACGCAGAUGUCAAUUACAUCCGCCUCCGGAGCGUUGUUUGCUAACGAGCUCCUGGGUGCCGAACGUGUCGUGCUGGGUCGGGAGCUGAGUCUUGAGGAGAUCGCCGCAGUGGCACGGGACGCCCCCAACGUGGAGAUCGAGGUGUUUGUCCAUGGAGCUUUGUGCGUGUCGUACAGCGGGCAGUGCUUCUCGUCAGAAGCCUGGGGCGGGCGCUCCGCCAACCGUGGGCAGUGUGCUCAGGCUUGCCGUUUGCCAUAUGGUUUGAUCAAGGAUGGUGAGCUUGUGGAUUUGGGCGACGCAACGCGCUACCUCCUCUCCCCACAGGAUCUCAUGGCGUUGGAGUACGUGCCAGCUUUGAUCGACGCAGGUGCAGGCUGCUUCAAGAUCGAGGGCCGACUGAAAGGUGAGGAGUACGUGUCCCUGACAACAGCAGCAUAUCGCCGGGCCAUCGACCGUGCUUGGGAUGGUGACAGUAGCAAGCCACAGGGGCCUGGGAGUGAGCUUUUGGAGACGCCGGAGGUGACCCGCGCAGCUUUGGCACAGGUCUUCGCCCGCGGCCAGGACGAGGAGAACGAUGGCCUCUCCCCCGGCUUCUUGGAAGGUCCACGGCACCAGCGCCUCGUGCGGGGACUUGCGCCUAAACACCGAGGCGUCCUUGUGGGUCGUGUCCGGGCGGUGCAGGCCACGACCAGCUCGUUCGCGCUCGAGCUCGCACCGGGAGCGGUCGCUGUCCCUUUGAGACCCGGUGCCGGCAUUUUCUUCGACAGUGUGGAGUUCAAGGGUGAUGACGCCGUACUUGGGGGGAAGAUCUCGAAACUGAGGCUGCCUAAGGGUGGAGCCGUGGAGUCAAGUCAGGGUCUGGAGAAAGGAGCCAUCAUUUUCGUGCGUGUGGACUUCCAGGGCGCGACGGCUCAGGAGCGUCGAAGGCGACUGGGCUCUGAGGUAAAACCCGGAGACAUGGUUUGGAGAAACAAGGAUGAGGCCCUAGAGGAGCGAGCAAGGAUGAUCACGCUCUCUCACCCUGGCACCAAGGGAUCUCUUAGCAGACAAAUCAGACGACCGCCCUCCGAGGCAACGGCGAAGCGGAGCUUGGAAUUGGAACCUGGGUCUUCAGAGGUGGUGGACACUUUGAGUCGCUUGGUCGUUCCCACACUGCCACCUUUCCGCCAGCAGAAGACCUCCUUCAUGCAGUCGGAGCUUCCUGUGCCUCGCUUAACCGUCCUCUGCCGCAACCCAGAACAAGCUGCCGCCGUCCUGGCAUUGCCCAGAGGUUUGGUCUACGAGCUGCAGUUGGAUUUUCUGGAGGCCAAUGGCUUGCAGGAGAGUGUGGCCGCUGCACGCGCAGCCACACAGCGCGUGGCCGUGUGCUUGCCACGCGUGAUCAAGCCAAACGAGGACCGCCUGUGGCAGUUCUACCGUCGCCUUCAGACCGACGCCCUCCUGGUGCGGGGCAGCGGAGCGCUGUAUCAGAUGCUCAGUCUUGGGGAGAGCGAUCAAGGCUAUGAGGGCCCUGAAGUGAUUGGUGACUUCAGCCUGAACGCGGCCAAUGCCGUGAGCGCCGGCUUCUAUUUGGGCUUGCCAGGCUUGGAGCGGCUCACCCCAACCCAUGACCUCAGCGCCAUGCAGAUUUGCCAGAUGGCCAAGCGCCUCGGACCGGAGAGAGCCGGCCGCUUGGAGGUCGUUGCCCACCAGCACCUUCCCAUCUUUCACACGGAGCACUGCGUGUUUGCGCGGUUCCUGAGCAAGGGGAACGACUUCACGGAUUGCGGCCAUCCCUGCGAGCGAUCCUCGCUACAUCUCCGGGACUCCAAUGGUAAGGACCACAAGGUCCUUGCAGACAUGGGCUGCCGAAACACCGUGUUCAACGCCAAGGCCCAGUCUGCGGCGAUGGACCUGGCCGCCUUCGCGGCCGCGGGGGUGGGCUUCCUUCGCUUGGAGCUGGUGGACGAACCUGCUGAGUCUGUGGCUACUCUUGUGAAGCGGUACCACGCCGCAGCCCGGGGGCGACUUUCCGCCGACAAGCUUUGGGGGUUCGUGGCGCAGCUCACGGACUCAAAUGGUCGAUGUCAGGGGGUGGACAGAGGGAGCCUGGACGACGCCAGCAUCGAGCGCUCCCAGGGCCACGCAGUGCAGUGCAAGCGCGCGCUGGACAAGCUGGGUAUCCUGGGCGCGCUGAUGAUGCCAGCAGGUGGGAGGCAAGUCGCUUGCAAGAACGCCCUGGACAAAGCAAUAAGCAAUGCCCUCAAUGCCGUGGACGAUCUGGCUGUGACGGGGGCUGCCGGUCUAUCCCCGAAGGGGACCGGGCCUGUGUCACCGAAGGGAGCAGGAACUGGAAGUCCGCGCGCGCAAGGGUCGCGGAAGGGGCGUGAGACAGAUGCGGCAGAGGACAUGUCGGCCAUGGGGCUCUCUGUCCAGAGGAUCUCAACGGCCAAGGCUGCCGAAAGUUCAAGUGACACUGCGGAGAUGGCCGCAGAGCCUCCAGAGCAAGACCAGCACGAAGGUGAAGAAGAGCUGCCGGCUGAGAGUGGCAGCGGUGACGAGUUCGACGUGGCUGAGGAGGAGCUACUGCACGAGGAUCAUCUUCGUA